AUGGUUGGGGUGCCUAACAGCAAGGGCUGUUUGCUCUGCCGAGAGCGACGCAUCAGGUGUGACCAGUCUUUGCCGCACUGUAUGCAAUGUCGCAGAUACGGUGCGUUAUGCCCUGGAUACAAGCGUCCUUGGCAAUUCCAGGAUGAGGGGCCCCGUCUUCAGAAACGGUAUCAAAAGAAAUUCCCAGUUGUCCGUCGUAGUGACGUCGAGCCCGACCCUGAGGCUGCCCACAAUAACGCAUCUGUACGAAAGCAAGUCUUGACGACAGUUUCGAUUGAUGAGCGUGUUUAUCCAUCUCUAGUUCAUCAAUCUUUCAUCAGCCAACAGCCACGGGUUUUCAAAGACUUCAUCUGCGCUUCCUUCCCCACCAUGUUCUUCCAUAAUGAAUUCCGUUUCGGGGAUGGCUUUACCUUCCCGGACUGGGUUCUGAAACACUUUGGUUCAAAGCCUUAUUACGAUGCAUCAGUCUCGUGUCUCUCAGCAGAAUACCUUGCCCAUCUCACCAAGGACCCCAGACUCCACCAAUUCAGCCGGCAAAAGUAUUCACAGGCUUUGGGGGGAAUCAGACAAGCACUAGGCUCGGAUGAGGCAUCCUCGGAUGCCCUGCUUAUUGCAGUUAUUCUUCUCUCUUUUUAUGAAAUGACGAUACGGACUACUCGUGAUGGUUGGGUAUAUCACUCAAGGGCAGUAAAGCAUCUAAUGCUGAAGCGUGGGAUGGAUCUCCAUCGGGCUGGGGCUGGGCGCGUCUGUCAUUUUGCCUACAGGCCCUUUCUUAUCGCUGCAGCGCUCCACGAAGGCGAGCCAUGCUUCCUAGGUGAGGAUAUCUGGCAGGACCUGGCAGCUAUCCUUCGAGUAGAAGACUCUCAGAAGCAGAGCGAAUGGUCGUUCUAUAUCAAUGUUUAUGAAGCGAUUUUCAUGGAGCUAGUGAAAUGUCCCGGAUACAUUCAAGAGGCACGAGAGAUCGCUUCUGUGACCUCUCCCAAGGCCGUGAUCCUAGCAAAACGGAUCCACAUCGCCUGUGGUCGGCUCCAGAUGCUGAAUAGCAAAUUACGAUCACUACUUGUGUCGGACAACCAACGGAAGCUAGGGAUCAUCUUCCAUCAUUUUAUCGGGCCGGCGCCCAACGCAUUUCCCGAAACAAGUCCGUCACUUCUUCUCAAUGCCUCUGUUAAUGCCCUCGGCAUCCUCGUACAACUCCUCAACCGAUUAACUCUGCCUGCUUAUGUCGAGGAAGAACCUCCAUGCUCCAGUUAUGGGACGCUAUCACCAUCGUCGACUCGACAGAGUGUCAGCACACCACCUAAUGGUAGCGGUCCAUUUCUUGAUUUCCGUCUCGUUUGCGAGCUUGGCGAGGGUAUUGACAAAGGUGACCCGCGCGCCUUUACCUGGCUCGACCGGGUCGCCGGGUCGAUGGGGCUCCUGGGAGCAAAAGCUAUCUAUGAAGGUGCAGUUUAG